UGGGACAUCGAGAACUGUCAGGUACCUUUCAACCGCUCAGUCAUACAACUGGUGGAAAGGGUGAGACAGUUAGCCUUUGAGCGGCAGUAUUGUGAGAACGUGUUUGAGGUGGUGUGCGAUACGCGCAAAAUAGCCGCCCCUUUGUUGGACGACCUCAACACCACUCAAGUGACUGUCAUACACGUGUGUGGGUUCACCAAAAAUGCUUCAGACCUGAUCCUAAUGCAAAGAAUCGACAAAUUCAUUGCUGAUAAAGGAUACAAUUCUGCCAUUGUUAUGAUUAGUGAUGAUAUCAACUUCAGUCCCAUAUUAAGUAAACACCGAAACAAUAAUCGCGUUGAAGUGACACUAAUCCAAAGACGCGCCGCU